UCAGGUUAGCACAACACAAAUGUGUUUCAUUGUGAGAACCCAGGCGCGCAUGUACCGUUUUCCCCGCGUCCGAUGCUAAAAAAUAUCGAACAAGGUUCAAGCAUAAAGAAAACUGCAACGUUACAGCUAAAGAAAAGGGAGUCUCCCACUGGAGAACUACUUAAAAUCUCCCCAUGUCAGUCAUUCUGUCAGACCCUUAGCAACCACCACACCGCGCAUGUGUAUCGCCUCGGUCGGCGUUGCUAAGCACUUGUCUGAUUUCAGCCAAUCAGAUGCCGCUGUUGUGUUACCUAGGAUUGAAGUAGCGGAACGUGGACAAGAAGUCUUUAUAUGUGGUUUCAAAAGACUCCAAGGCAUUUGGGCAAGAAGCCUGGAAGAGGAGAAGAUGGCGCCCACAGCUGUAUUCGUUCUUCUGACUUCGCUGGUCGUCCUUGUGCGCGCAGACGUCCUAACCAUGUCUGCAGAGUCACGGAAUGACCCGGAAGAGCUUUACCCCGGCGACGCCUACGUCACUUCCUCCCUGCUUGAAGCUAUGACGCGUGUAGACAGGGUCAUCAACUACACCAAGAAGAUGCACGAAGAUCCAGACAGGGUGAUGACGCCAGAAGACUUCCUGGACCUGUUCCGUCACAUGAGUCCGGGCGCCCAGCGGGAGGCCCGGGCUGCUGAGAUUGUGGAGAAUACCAUUCAGCUGGUGGCCGAGAAGGUCAAGGCUCAUCAUAGGAGCAAGAGGAUGAUCGAAGACCUUCCGGCCUUCAGCGCUCUGAUCUCUCAGCAGCAGCUCAACACCAUCGCCUCCCUCUCCGGCUGCGCACGCUCCGUGACCCGGGUCAACUGUUCCUCCAACUGCCUCUCCAGCAAGUACCGCACCAUCGACGGGAGCUGCAAUAACAGGGAAAAUCCGCUGUGGGGCUCUUCACUCACACCCUUCCACCGUUUCCUGCCGCCGAUCUACGAGAACCAGUGGAACGAGCCCGUGGGCUGGAACAAGACUCGGGAGUACAACGGAUUCACCCUGCCCAGCGUCCGCCAUGUUUCCAACCGGCUGAUGACUACGCCAACCAACGUGGAGGAUCCUGAUUACACCCACAUGAUGACUCAGUGGGGACAGUUCUUGGACCACGACACAGAUCUAACCGCAACCGCUGUGGGGCGCACCAUGUUCUCGCCGAUGGGCACGGUCACGUGUGGACAGACCUGCGAUAACAUCAUGCCGUGUUUCCCCAUCCCCAUCCCCGAUGACGACCCCCGCAUAGACAACGAGCGGGACAGGGCCUGCAUGCCGUUCACCCGCUCCAGCGCCGUGUGCGGGACAGGAGAGACGUCCUCCCUCUUCAACACCAUCAUCGCCCGUGAACAGAUCAACCAGAUCACCAGCUUUAUCGACGCCUCCAACGUCUACGGCUCGACAUUCGAAUUUGCACAGUCACUGCGAGACUUCAGUACAGAUGACGGUCUGUUGCGCGUCCAGGAAGGAGCAGACAUCAGCUCAGGAAUGGACCUACUUCCUUUCAUGAACCAGGCGGUGACCGCCUGCAAUCAGGAUCCUAACGGAGGAGACAUCGUCCCAUGCUUCCUUGCUGGCGACGGUCGGGUUAACGAAGUCAACACGCUGAUCGCAUCACACACCAUCUGGCUCCGCGAGCACAACCGACUCGCCCGGGAGCUGAAGCGUAUCAAUCCGCACUGGAACGGGGAACAGAUCUACCAGGAGGCCCGUAAGAUCGUCGGCUCAGAGAUGCAGCACAUCACCUUCGCCGAGUACCUUCCUAAGAUCCUCGGACCAAGAGGGAUGGACCAGAUGGGGGACUACACCGGGUACGACCCAAACGUGAACCCCUCGACCCGGAACGAGUUCGCCACUGCCGCCUUCAGGUUCGGCCACGCCGCCAUCGGCGAAUUUAUGAGGCGUUUUGAUGAGAAUUACGAGGAGGCCGCGAUCGGGAACGUCGCCCUCCAUGACGCCUUCUUCUCGCCGUGGCGCGUCAUGCGGGAGAGCGGAAUAGACCCGGUGGUCAGGGGGCUCAUCGGAGGGUUCGCCAAGCUGGUCACUCCUACACAGGUAAUGCACGAGGAGCUCUCCCAGAACCUCUUCGCCCUGAGGAACCAGAUAGCGCUGGAUCUGGCCUCUCUCAACACCCAGCGUGGCCGUGACCACGGGAUUCCUUUCUACAAUGACUGGAGAGUCUUCUGCAACCUCUCUCGAGCAGCGUCCUUUGACGACCUCUCCGGUGAGAUCUCCGACUCAGACGUACGUGACACACUCUCUGACGUAUAUGGUGACGUCAACAACAUUGACCUUUGGCCAGCGGCCCAGCUGGAGGACCACGAGGACGGCGCGAGAGUCGGGCCGACCUUCAGGUGCAUGCUGGCGGAGCAGUUCAAGUUAAACCGCAACGGGGACAGGUUUUGGUUCGAGAGCGACGGUGUCCUCACGGCGUCACAGCGUACCGAGAUCAGACAGGUGACUUACGCCCGCGUCAUCUGCGACACUACCGGCAUCACCCGGCUGCCGCCUGACGUGUUCCGGCGCACUGCCGUGGCUGACAUGGUGGCGUGUGAGGACAUCCCCGGCAUCAACCUGCAGUUCUGGGAGGAAAUCCCUGAAGACGAGCCGUGUGGCGAACCAGCGGAAGUUGAGGACGCGUAUGUGCAGAAGUGUGGCGCUAACUUCUCCGACACUCACAUCUACACCUGCGACGACGGGUACGCCAUGACAGGGGCCGGUGAGAUCCGUUGCCUCGGGGGAAGGGUGGACAACCCACCGCCAACAUGCUCGGACAUUGACGAGUGCGCAAGAGGAGACAUGAACAACUGCCAAGAACUCUGCGUCAACUCAAUCGGGUCCUUCAUGUGCGCAUGUCCAGAAGGCUUCAUGCUGAACGACGAUGGAGUCAGCUGUUCGAUUGACGACUCGCUGAGCCUGGGCUGGAUCAUCGCGAUCCUGUUCAUCGUCCUGUUCUUCCUGGCCAUGUGUGCCAUGGUGUUCGUCUUGGUCAAGGGAUGGCACACUCACCACCAGAACCAGGAGAUCCAGCGCAUCAAGCAGCUGAACGCCAAGCCGAUAGACCGCAACGGCGUGGACAACAAGUCCUUCAUCUCCGACAAGCACGACAAGAAGUCCCUGACUGGAACUUCCUCUGGAGACUCCGGCGUGUUGGAGGAGGAUCUGGACUCCCUGCCAGGGGUCGUCAGCUAGAUGUGCUGCCUCUCUACUCCGCGGAACAAGAGCGGUGGGUCUCCAUGGAUCUGAUACUGCAGGAGAACGCGUGGAAAGCAUUGCAGACGCACAUAUCAGGCUCUUCCUGGUCAUAAUCAUUGUGUGGACGUUUGAUUUUGAGUUUAUUGCGACCCGAUCUUAGCUUGCGCAUAGGAAGCUCUACUUCCAGUGGUCGGUAAAACAUUCCAUUUUGUAAAUAUCGUGUGUUCGUGUGUUUUGCUUGCAGAUAGAUCUUAUCUGUUCUGUGAUAUUACACGGAAUGUUGUUAUAGGUUUUAUUGUGAAACAAAUGUAUUAUCAUUAUUUCAUCGUCUUUAACAUAGGACAGACCUGAACAUGUUUAGAAGACAUCUUGUAUGUAAAGAAUUGUAUAGUUUGUAACGAUAGAGUAUCAUAGACUAUAUUUAUACACAUAGCGAUUUCUAUGUAUGACGUACUGUUCAUUAGUGUAUCAAGAACUUGUGCGUUCGUCUGAGCUCAAUGAGGUUUAUCCACUAAAUAGUGAAGUCAGGACGAAACACUGAAAGGUGGGUAUUUUAUCAGGCAUCAUUCUCAUUCCUUGUGAUAUUCCACAUUUGACAAGGCUGCAAUCAUACUGAAUAUAAGAAUUUUGCAGCACAAAUAGGUCCAUACUGGGGCUGUGUGAUUUCAUUCUAAAAUUCUAAUUGUAUCAUUUUUUUUAAACAAAACACCGAAAACUGUAAUCAUCCUUUAUUUUUGAUUGUCCAAAGUUUACCUUACAUACUUUAUUGUUCAAAAUAAGAAAUAUAUUUUCGCUGUGACAAUAGAUGGCCCUGACGAGCUGUCCAAAUGGUACUUGUAAAUUUACUUCUCAGUAAGUGAUAUAUUUUAUGUGUGUGACAGUUUGGAGUGAAACAACACUUAUACCCUUAUACGUUAAACCCUUUGACGUGAAAUGUUGUGGCUGUUGUCGAAACUGCAAAUGUUUGUUUAAUUUUCAUUAAUAAAAUUUACAAAAACGUGAAGCAGUU